AUGGAGAUCACGGACGCGAACCACGACGGGUUCAUCUCGCUCAAGGAGUAUCUGCAGGACGACUCGGAAGGCGACGAAGUGUCAUCGGAGUGGGACGAGAGUCUGCAGAGCUUCGUGAACCUGAGCAAGCAGCGGUUCCCCAUGGCGGACACGGACGGCGACGGGCUGCUGAACGAAGAAGAGUUCAACGCCUUUCUACACCCCGAGGACAGCAACAACGAGAAUCUCACUCGCUCCGUGCGCGACGAAGAGUUCAGGGCGCACGACAAGGACGGGGACGGGCGGCUGAGCUUCGAGGAGUUUUUCGAGAGCGCGUGGGAGGACGUAAAGGCGUUCGACGACGAGUACGAGAAGUGGGAGGAGCACCGCUUCGCGCCGCACCCCGACACGCUCAAGAUGCCCGGUCACGGCCACGAGCAGCACGCGCACGAGCAGCACGCGCACGAGCAGCAACACGCGCACCACGAGCACGGGCACCAUGGGCACCAUGCGCAUCACGAGCACCAUGCGCACCAUGCGCACCACGCGCACCAUGCGCACCAUGCGGAGCACCACGGGCACGAGCACGGGCAUGUGGAGGAGGAGAAGCCGCUGGAGGUGUGGCAGGAGGAGGCGAGGAGGCGGUUCCAGGACUCGGACUUUAAUGACGACGGGUUCCUAGACGUAAACGAGUUCGCAGACAACCUGCUGUACGCGCUGGCGCCCAACGAAUACCACUUCGCCGAAGAACAGGCCAAACACAUGCUCACCCAGGCGGACGACAACAAGGACAAGCACCUGUCACUGGACGAGAUGCUGCGCAACUGGUCAGCCUUCUAUGAUGUGGUGGAGGAGCACUCAGAGCCGCACACUCCCCACUCCCAUGAGCACGAUGACGACGAGGAGGAUGAUGACCACCAGCACCUUGGGUACCACCACUACGGCCAUGAUGGGGAGGACGAUGAUGACGACUGGGAUGAGGAUGACAGUGGGGAGUACAACUAUGAGGAUGAUGAGGAGGGGCAUGAGGAUUGCAUGGCGUUUUCCUCGACGGCCCAGGUCGGUGCGCCUGUUCGAGGGACCGCCGCCGCCAGCAGCGGCUUCCUUGUCGCCAGAAACUCCGGCGGCGGUGGGAAGAAAUCAUGCCGCUUACCAUCAUGGGUUAGCCGAAUCUCCUCAUUCGCCGGAGCGCGCCUCGUAUCAACAUCGAAGCUCCACCCGCUAUUAUCACACACGCCCGUCAAGAAAAGUGGAUGGCAGAAGAAGGGGCGCUCAUCGAGUUACCGCCACCGGUCGGUAGCGGAGGUUGCGGGGACAGAGGGCGGGAUAAUGGAGCGAUCCAUCGGCCGCGCGCCAAUGAACGGUGCUGUUCGUUCCUCCUCUUCCGCACGCAUUCCUGAGUACGAUCUCUCUCUUGUGUCCGGACCGCUCUCAGACCAGCCGCAAGAAUUAGCGGCGGCGGCAUCGCUAACCACCCGGACGCAGUCACAACAAGAAGGAGAGCGCAGUGGCAAGGCGGCAAACGGCGCAAUUCGAGCCGACGUUACUAACGAGGAUAAGAUUUCCAGCGGCGGGGAGAGCACACUAACGCUCGCAGCGGAGGGGGAAGCGGAAGCGGAGGCGGAGGGGGGAAUAUUGCGGGAGGUGAACGAGGGCGACGUGCAGCAGGUGCUGGCGUCGCUGGAAGACCGUUUCCUCGCAGAGCCGGGCGCGUCGCUCGACACUAUCGAGGCUAACGCGCGGGUUUUGUUCGCGGUGGGCGCGCGCAGGGGGCAGGUGUUGCGCAUCUUCCGCGCGCAGCCGGAGCUGGCGGGGCGGGAGUACGGCUCCGCCGUGCGGGACAAGGCCGAGCUGCUCUCCGCGUUCCGCAUCGCGCCCGCCGCUUUUCUCAAAGCGCUCUCGCGAUCGCUCGACUGGCUGACGACGCCCGCGGCGCACGCUGCGAGUGUUUUGACUUUCCUCGACAGGGAUUUGGGGAUUAACAAUCUCGCUAGAGUCGUAGCUGUCUGUCCUGACGUCCUUUCUCAACCCAUAGACGGUUUAGCCGAUACAGUCACUUUCCUCCGCACGGACCUUUCCCUUGGAGCGGAAGUUGGCGCAGCGCUUGAGCGCAACCCCGCGCUGCUGGGGGCGGGGAACGGCGGAGGGCGCGCGGAUGUGGUGCGCAAGCUGGAGGCAUUGCGCACGUUGCUCCGCCUUGAUCGCUCCGCGGACGUGCUUCCCUUAGUGCAGCGCUCCCCGCCGCUUCUCUCCGCGAGUGCUGACGUGGCUCGCGACACAUACAAGCAGCUCUCCGCUGUACUCGGCGAGGAAGGCGCUGCGGCAGUUGCUCUUGCCCGGCCGCAGAUCCUCGCGCUGUCUGAAACCGCGGUGCGGGAAACACUGACGCAGAUCGCACGGAGGUUCGGCGGCGCCGGGCCUGCGGCCUCGGUUCUUGUCUCGGCGAACCCGUCUUUGCUUCGGCGGCGGUGGGACAGGACGGCGGGGAAGCUGGAAUACGUGACGGAGGUGAUGGGGCGCGACCUGGCGGAGGUUGCGGCGUGGCCUGCUGUGCUGUCUUGCAAUCUGCAGACGAGAAUUAAGAGGCGGUAUGACGCGCUGCGGGCAGCGGGGCUGGGCGCGACCGAGCCGCUUAGGGUGUUGUUCGGGUGCAGCGAUCAAGUGUUCGAGAGGCGGUUCGACGUGACGCUUCCGAAACCCACCAAGGGGAAGAGGGGGAGGAAGCCCAAGACAUGA